CCGCAGGGGCUCGGCUUCUGCCGUUCCUGACCCGCCACCAGGCAGCGGGGAUGGCGACUUGGCCCGGGCGGUGAACAGGGAAAGAAGGCGUUGCCGGGGCCGACCACUUAGGCUCAGGGAGAGUCGCGCGCGUCCCGGGAGGCGGUGGGCGUGCUCGUGUGCGAGCAGUCAACGCUAGUACGCAUGCGUAGAGACUUUGUACCUAUUGCACUCUACGCCGUCCGUUUGCUGCGCACGCGUGUACCCUUCUAAUUCCGGAAACUCUGAUUUCCAGUUGCUUCCGGUUGUCUGUUCGGGUCAUCGCAGUUAGUCCCCUGCCUCAGGGUUGUCUAUUCGUCAACUUCACAGCAGAGCCCUGAAGAGCCCGGCACAGUUUUCUGUCUUGUGCAGUCCGGGAGUCAGCCGACUCUACCUGGCACUCUGGACUCCUUAUUCUUGGGCCUGGCGGGUCCCACGGAAUCCCAGGACAGACCCCCUGACCCACUGAAGCUGAGGGAUCACGCUCCAGUCCCAUCUCUGUCUCCCACAGUCGAACCCCGCUAAGGAUGGAGCCUGCCUCGGGCCCCGCAGAGCAGCCUGAGCCUGAGAAGGCUGGAAGUGAGGAGCAAGAGACGGCUCAAUGGCAAGCCCUCCCUGUCCUGUCGGAGCAGCAAUCGGGGGCCGUGGAGUUGGUGCUGGCCUACGCUGCGCCAGUCCUGGACAAGCGCCAGACGUCCCGCCUCCUCCGGGAGGUGUCUGCCAUCUACCCGCUUCCAGCCCAGCCCCACCUCAAGCGGGUGCGCCCCAGUCGCAGUGCCGGCGGCGCCCACGCAUCGGAUCUUCUGCUGUGCCUGGCAGGGCCCUCUGCGGGCCCACGCUCGCUGGCUGAGCUCCUCCCUAGGCCGGCUGUGGACCCCCGUGGCCUGGGCACACCUUUCCUGGUGCCCGUGCCCGCCCGGCCGCCCCUCACCCGGAGCCAAUUUGAGGAGGCGCGGGCCCACUGGCCCACGUCCUUCCACGAGGACAAGCAGGUGACCAGCGCACUGGCUGGGCAGCUCUUCUCUGCACAGGCGCGAGCAGCCAUGCAGAGCCAUAUGGAACGGGCAGUGCGUGCCGCCCAGAGGGCAGCUGGCCAGGGUCUGCGGGCGGUGGGUGCUGUAGUGGUAGACCCAGCUUCGGAUAGCGUGCUGGCCACUGGCCAUGACUGCAGCGAUGUGGCCAGCCCCCUGCUGCACGCAGUCAUGGUAUGCAUCGACCUGGUGGCCCAGGGGCAGGGCCGUGGCACCUGCGACCUCAGACGGCACCCGACUUGCUCCUUCACCCUGGCCACCACCCCCCAGGGUGCACGUGCUGGCAGCGUGCGCAAGCUGGACGAGGACGAUGAUGGCAUGCCGUACGUGUGCACCGGCUAUGACCUGUACAUCACUCGUGAGCCCUGUGUCAUGUGUGCCAUGGCCCUCGUCCACGCCCGCAUCCAGCGUGUCUUCUAUGGGGCGUCCUCUCCUGAUGGCGCCCUGGGUACGCGCUUUCGUGUCCAUGCACGGCCAGACCUCAACCACCGCUUCCAGGUGUUUCGUGGCAUCCUUGAGGACCAGUGCCGCCAGCUGGAUCCCGACCCUUAGGCCUAGUCACUUCUGCUUCCGGACUGCUCUGCUCCUGGCCAGCCCUCAUCCCUGCAGCUCCAUGGCCUUGGGCCCCUGGGGUCACACCCUCUGUCUGUCUAAGGACACUGACCACCUGUGUCAGCGUGUGAGGCCUCUCAGCCCUGAGACAGUGGCCUCUUUGCUGGCUGCAGUGACCAGCCCUGAGGCUCAACCCUGCUUACAAGCCCAAUGGCUGACUUACAGUCCCCAUAGUCCUCCAGGCUCCAGCAGGGAGCAGCCAUCGUGUGUGAAAAUAAAACGCCUCAAACUGAGUUCCCGUUUGCACCGAGGUGCCCAGCUGGGGUGGUGUCUGA